AAGAAUCAGUCACAUCUCAGCUCGUCUGCUGGAAAAAAGUCUUCCGUCUGAGUCCUUCAGUCUUGGUUGUGUCAGAGUCCAGGAUGACCCAUCAGUUUCCUCCACUCACCACGGAGCAAAAGAAGGAGCUUCAUGAGAUAGCCCUGCACAUCGUGUCUCCAGGGAAAGGCAUCCUGGCUGCAGACGAGUCUAUAGGCAGCAUGGGGAAGCGCCUGAACCAGAUCGGGGUGGAGAACAAUGAAGAAAAUCGCCGUCUAUUCCGUCAGGUGCUCUUCACCGCUGAUGACCGUAUUGAUAACUGCAUCGGCGGAGUCAUCUUCUUCCAUGAAACACUCUAUCAGAACUCGGAUGAUGGUGUCCCGUUUGUCAAGAUGAUCAAGGAUAAGGGUAUUACUAUUGGGAUCAAGGUUGACAAAGGUGUAGUGCCCUUGCCAGGGACUAAUGGAGAGACCACUACACAAGGUCUGGACGGGCUCUCAGAACGCUGUGCUCAGUAUAAAAAGGAUGGAGCUGACUUUGCCAAGUGGCGCUGUGUGAUGAAAAUCAGCGAGACUACCCCGUCAAACCUGUGCAUUACAGAAAACGCUAAAGUCCUUGCUCGCUAUGCUAGUAUUUGUCAGCAGCAUGGGAUCGUCCCCAUCGUGGAACCUGAGAUCUUACCUGAUGGAGACCAUAAUUUGAAGCGCUGCCAGUUUGUCACAGAGAGGGUUCUCGCAGCGGUCUACAAAGCCAUGUUUGAUCAUCACGUGUAUCUGGAAGGCACACUGCUCAAGCCCAACAUGGUGACCCCCGGACAUGGCUGUCCUACCAAAUACAGUGCUGAGGAGGUUGCCAUGGCAACAGUCACUGCUCUGCGGCGCACCGUCCCACCCGCUGUCACAGGGGUGACCUUUCUCUCGGGAGGUCAAAGUGAGGAGGAGGCCUCUAUUAACCUGAGCGCUAUCAAUAACUGCCGACUGGUGAAGCCCUGGGCUCUUACCUUCUCAUUCGGCCGAGCUCUUCAGGCCUCGGCUCUGAAGACCUGGCGUGGACAGAGAGAGAAUGAGGCCGCCGCAACUGAGGAGUUCAUCAAACGAGCAGAGAUCAACAGUCUGGCAUCUCAAGGGAAGUACACGGUUUGUGGUGACAGCAGUGGAGCUACUGGUCUUUCCCAUUAUCUUUCCAGCUACGCAUAUUGAAUUUGCCCCUGAUUUCCAUACUCCAACAUUAGCUGAAACAUAGCGGAUGUCACUGCCACUUGCAUAUAAAACUCAUAAAGCAUCUAAAUGUUGAUAUGAUACAGCACAUGAUGGUGUUCUCUAGGUGGUGGCGUCCUUUGCUUGUCUUAAAAACAUUGUAAAGCAUAAAUGUCUGUUGCUAAUUAUACUGACAAGAUUAUUAAUAAAUGUACAGUUUGCUGUGUAAUAUCAAUCCUUACUACUUACUGUACUUAACCCUUUAACUGUCACCCCACAUUCAUGCUUGAAAAUUAUAGAUGAUAUAUGCAUGUUACAUAUAUAGUUAGUCAAGAUAAUUUCAGAUUUAGACAUACAUUUUUUUAUUACAUGUUCUGAAAAAUGUCCAACAUGUGGGGUAAGGGGUUUCUUGAGUCUUAAGGAUUUGUGCUAUACGCUUCUGCAAUCAAACUUCAUCAUCUAAAGCUUUAAUAAAGCCUGUGCUUCGGUGACGAAUAACAGCUUGGAUUACAAGUUUAUCACAGUAUCUGGUAUGGUAUUUCUGUAUGUUAGGCUUCAUUAUGGACAACAGUGAAACUAUUGACAGUCUGAAUACAAACUGAAAGUGCUGCAAUAAAAUUGUGAAGAUGU